AUUUUGAACCCAUUCAAAAGGUCGGGGCGUUUCAAGAUCCAGUUUCUCGUUAAAGUCACCAGAUAGAAAUUGAACAAUGGCGGACGGUGAAGACAUUCAACCACUUGUUUGUGAUAAUGGCACUGGAAUGGUUAAGGCUGGAUUCGCGGGUGACGAUGCGCCAAGAGCGGUUUUCCCGAGCAUUGUAGGCCGUCCACGCCACACGGGUGUGAUGGUUGGGAUGGGACAAAAGGAUGCUUAUGUUGGAGACGAGGCUCAGUCAAAACGUGGUAUCUUGACUCUCAAGUACCCAAUUGAGCAUGGAAUUGUUAACAAUUGGGAUGACAUGGAGAAGAUUUGGCAUCACACUUUCUACAAUGAGCUUCGUGUUGCCCCUGAAGAACACCCGGUUCUCUUAACCGAAGCUCCUCUCAACCCAAAAGCUAACCGUGAGAAGAUGACUCAGAUCAUGUUUGAGACGUUCAACACUCCUGCUAUGUAUGUUGCCAUUCAAGCUGUUCUCUCACUCUAUGCCAGUGGUCGUACAACUGGUAUUGUUUUGGACUCUGGAGAUGGUGUGAGCCACNCGAUUAGCACUUCAUGA